CAUAGGAACUCAGAAAACCCAGGCCCAGAAUAUCCCUGUUAUCAACUUUCAAGACCACUUUUAUUGUCAAUAGAAAACUGACAUCAGACAUGGCAUUUGGACCUCCCAAAAACCUGAAUGGUCCCAAGAUGCAAACAAAGAUGAGCACCUGGACACCACUGAAUCAUCAGCUCAUGAAUGAUAAGGUAUUUGAAGAAAGAAGAAACUUGUUGGGGAAAUGGUUUGACAAGUGGACAGACAGUCAAAGGCGAAGAGUCCUGGCAGACUUCUUGGAGCACUGCUCCCUUUCACAGCUGAAAUUCUGUUUCAAACUGCUGCAGGAUCGAGUGCCAAUUGAAGCACUGGAUUUCACCACCCAGCUUCCCCGAGUGUUAACUUUGUACAUCUUUUCUUUCCUGGAUCCUCGAAGUCUCUCCCAAUGUGCCCAGGUAAAUUGGCACUGGAACUACUUAACCCAGCUUGAUCAACUCUGGAUGCCAAAAUGUCUGCGUUUUGAAUGGUACAUCAAUUUCUCUCCAACUCCAUUUGAGCAAGGAAUCUGGAAGAAACACUAUAUUAAGAAGAUAGAAGAAUUUCGAGUGUCCAGACCUAAGACCCCACCCAAAAAUGAUUUUGUGGUGGUUGAUGUUCAGCCAAUAACAAAAGAUGUCCCAGAAAUAAAGCAGUCUUUGUUGUCAGUCCUUGAAUCAGCAUCUCUGUUAAGAAGAAAGAUAAACAAAGGAAAGAGAGACCUCCCACCUUGGCGUUCAUCAGAUAAGCAUCCAACAGAUAUCAUUCGUUACAACUAUUUGGAUAACUUUGAUCCCAUUGAGCAGGCAAGGCAGGCUAGAAGAAAAGGAGGAGGUCUCACCCCAGACCUCAGUCAGUCAGCCUUUCAGAAAAAGAGGAAACCAGGCAGUGGAACGUACAAGCUCAGAAAAGCAAAGUCUCUGCAACCUAACAGUGAAUUAUCAAGAACACCAGAUUGUGGGACUCAGAUGUCCCUCUCGGCAGAACUUGACUCAGAGGCAGAAGUGACAGUUCGCCCAAACUGGGCUCAGCAUCAGCCAAACAGCUACCCUCUGACUAAAUCAACAGCUAAAAUGUUUGCUCAGAGUGCUCAAUGGAAUGCUGAAAUACGUCCUGCGCCUGCUCGAAGCCCCAUCCCAAAACUGAGUGAGAAAGGAAAGAAAGCCUUUACCCGAACUAGCAGAAGCUCACCAACAUCACCACUAUUUGAAAGUCAACCCUGGGAAGUUCCAUCAUCCAUCUAUAUAUCUGAUGCAGAGCAAGAAGCUGAAGAAAAGAGAACCUCCACAUCACUACUGACUUAGUUUCCAAAAGAAAAAGUGCUUGUUCAAUUAUUGUUAAGUGAAAUGCCUCUUUCUCAAAGUUGGUGUUUGGACAAGGAUUAAGAAUCAAGUAGAUUAGCUGACAGAUUUAUCCUGACUCCAUUUCCACAGUGAAUCAAUUAGCGGAUAUCUUGGUUUUAAAAAUUUGUGAAGCCAGGAACUUGCCAUGUGGCCUUGGAUGGUUUCCCAGCCUCAGUUACUCAGCUGUGGAAUGGAAAUUGUCUUAAUGUAUUUCAUAGGAAUGUUGUGAGGAUGAAUGUUAUAGGGAUUACAACAGCUCAAUUCUGCUUAGAUUUAUUUAUGUAUUCAGUGAAAUUUACAUAACUGAGUGAACAAUUGCAGCUGAAGGUAUUUAGAAACUAAAACAAUGCAUCUCAAUGCAGAUUUAAAAAAAAAACAAGUUAAAAAUGGGGGAAUAUUUGAAAUUGGUGUAUAUCAUACUAAAUAAUAAUAGCUAAAUGACUAUCAUGACCUGUGCCAAAUGUAGUUUUCUCAUCCAUUUCUGCAUCUUCUUUUCUUUCCGUCUAUCAUGAAUAAAUGCUUGUAUAAGAUAAGUAUUUAAUAUAUAUAAGGAAAAAGGCAGGGUGUAUAUUAAAUAAAGAAUUGUCACCUCUUCAAGGCUGCCAUUAUUAGCAUGGGGUUUGAAAACUCCUUGGAAAGAGGCCAAUCGUGCUUGGCUGGUGCUGUUUGAAAAAGCAUUUUGUAAUGUGACAAUGUUCACAGUGCA